AAGCUUUACCGCAAUUAUUCCCAGAUGUACCCUUUCUCCCUUCUCCAUGCCAUUUAAUUCUCACGGUGAGCGCUGUUUUGGGCAUUCAUAGCUGUCGGACGCGGAAGCGCCCAUGUCGAUACCGUGUCCAGCUUGGGUGUCUGCUUGCUCAGCUCAGCCUCCCUUUCCUCCUUUAAUACGGGUACAAGUAUCACCUGUUGCUGUACCACCUGGGAUUUCAUCCUUCCUCAUCCUUCAACAGAGAGCUUCGCUUUAGCUUUCUCCCCCGAGGAGAUAGAGAGUAGCGACACAAAAUGUUCUCGAACGCCCUGAAAUCGUUCACCUCGAACAUAACAUCAAAUUACACACUUUCACCUUCCCCGACCGGCCAUUCAGGGCCUUGGAAAAUUUAUGACGCAAAAAAGAAGAAAAAUCCGAAUCAGGCGGUUAGUGUCUUUGUUUUCGAACGAAAGUCUCUUGAUUCAGGCGGAUCUUCCGGCGGGCUCUCUCUUCGCGGCUCGACUUCCAAAGAUGGCUUGAGGGCGGCCCAGGACGAAGCGGUCGACCGAUUGAGGAAGGGCACAAGCCUGCUUGCCCGCCUACGACAUCCCUCUAUCCUCGAGCUUGUGGAGCCGGUGGAGGAGACGAGAGGUGGUGGGUUGAUGUUUGCAACGGAACCGGUUAUGACGAGUUUGGCGGUCCUGCUGGCUGAGAAGGAUGAGGAGGAGCGGAGCAGCGGGGGGAGAUAUGUUGUCGAUGAUGGGAACGGCGGGCGGAGGAGGCGAGAAGUCGAGAUCGAUGAGCUGGAAAUUCAGAAGGGGCUAUUACAGGUUGCAAAAGGGUUGGAAUUUCUACAUGAGAGCGCUGCACUUAUACACGGGAAUCUGACACCAGAAAGCGUAAUGCUCAACGUCAAGGUUAGUCCCCUUGUUCUAAAUCUAGUGGAUAGGUUGGGGAGCACUGCCAUCCGUGAAGUUUCACAGCUUUCGUCGCUUUAGCGAUUGUAGCUAACUUGUUGUAGUCCGACUGGAAACUCACUUCCUUCUCAUUCACAGUGACAUCUGCCAGUCCUCCGCUCCCAGCACCCUAUGACCCUCGUCUACCGCCAUUUGUCCAGUUAUCACUCGACUACGCAUCCCCGGACCUCAUACUUGAUCAGGAUUUGACACCCUCUACAGAUCUGUUCUCCUUGGGUCUGCUGAUUGUAGCGCUGUAUAAUUACCCGCACCGCUCGCCUUUAGAGACACAUCAUGCGGCGCCAACAUAUCGCAGAUUGCUGGCUUCCACCUCCACUACACCAAAUAGUGGAAACAACUACCUAUCUUCUCGUCCACUCCCACGGCCGCUUGUUGAGACGCUCCUCUCCAGACUGCUAACAAGACGGCCGGCUAGUAGAGUCACAGCGCGCGAAUUUCAGCAGAGUCCUUAUUUCGACAAUAUACUUGUCUCGACGCUGCGAUUUUUGGAAAGCCUUCCAGCCAAAACUCCAUCUGAGAAAUCGGCCUUCAUGCGUGGGUUACCGAAAGUGCUUCCGCAAUUCCCCCGGAGUGUUCUCGAGAAGAAAAUCCUUCCAGGACUUGUCGAGGAACUCCGCGACGGUUCAAUGCUAGCUCUAGUUCUCCCAAACAUAUUUUUAAUUGCGGAGAACGCUAGUGCAAGGUUAUUCUCCGAGAAGGUGCUCCCCAGACUUAAGGAAGUCUUCUUAAUUCACGUCCCGAGCGCGACAGAGCCUAAGACCGCUGCUGCAAAGGUCGCUGAACGGGAGAGGGAGACUGGGCGUGAAGGCGGGCUAACAGUGCUACUAUCAAACUUGAACAUUAUUAAGGAUAAGACUACUGCAAAGGAGUUUAAAGAGGAUAUACUACCGGUACAUCACGCAGCACUCGAGUCGCCAACUCAUGCCUUGCAAGAUCUAGCCCUUCGCUCCAUUCCAACACUCCUGCCAAAGCUUGACUUCCCAACUCUAAAAAACGAUGUGUUCCCCGCUGUUGCUGCUGUGUUCACAAAGACCUCAUCCCUCGGGAUUAAGAUUCGUGGGCUGGAAGCAUUCAAAGUGCUUUGUUCGCCAGCCGCUGCCGCAACCUCGGACGCACCAGAAUUAGACAAAUAUACCAUCCAGGAGAAGCUUAUCCCGCUAUUGCGUGGAAUCAAAACCAAGGAACCAGCCGUCAGUAUGGCGGCACUAGACGUGUUCAAGGUCAUUGGCAAGACGUGCGAUAGGGAGGUCGUAGCCAUGGAGAUUCUCCCAUGUCUCUGGAGUAUGAGUUUUGGGCCCCUAUUAGGUGUAGAGCAGUUCACGGCAUUUAUGGAGGUUGUGCGGCAAGUUAGUUCCAGGAUUGAGGCAGAACAGAUACGGAAGUUGCGGGAGCUCAGGACCGAAGGCGAGAGUGGUUCUGGUGCGGGUGACAUUUUAAGCUUCGGGGGGAUGCCCGGCAUGAGUUCAGGAAUCACCGGGGGUGGUGGGGACGACAACUUUGAAAAUCUGGUUUUCGGAAGGGGAGGCGGGAGUAAGUCUCCGCCAGUUAAUAACGGUGGUUUCGAUGCCCCGUGGAAUAGCACGAAUGCAAGCGGGGGUGGCACAAUCGCGGCACAAGGGCUCGAGCCAAGGUUCAGUUGGUCUAGUCCUUCCUCGACGACGAAUCUCCAUUCCUCCUCCUCGUUCUCAGGAGGGGUAUUACAGCCUCAGCAGCAGCAGACUCGGACAAUGACCCCAGAAGCUAAAACGAGCUUCCAACCUCUGACCCCAACCUCUGCAUCUCAUUCCACCACCUCGAAUUCGAUGAACACAAAUGCGUUCUCCAACCUUAACCUGGGUUCGGGUUUCGGGAGCACGACGUCUCUACGCCCUCAACCUUCCCACUCACAGAGCGCUAGUAAUACAAGUUCCAGUGGUGGUGGCAUAGAUUGGUCCGCAGCAGCAGCAAGACGGAGCUUCCAUUCAACAACUUCGAACACAAACGCCCAAGCCAGCAGUCUCUGGAACACCCCGCCAUUAAAGCCCACACAAUCACCCUCAGGCGACGGCUUCAAGCCACCCGUCCAACAAAAUCAACAGCAGAGCCACCCUACAAUUCUUUACGGUCAGACAAGGCAACAACCUGCGCCAACCACAUCAACCGGGGCAUUCUCUGGCUUUAUGAUACCGCCACCGCCGGGAGCCGGCACAAGUAAUGCAGGAGGGGGAACGUCUGGAGGAGGGUUUACAUUGACACUACCUGCCAGCAUGAAUAAGAAGAGUACAGAGAAGAAAGGCUUAGACGCCUACGAGAGUUUACUAUGAUUUGUUCUACCUUCCCUUUCCCUUUUUUGUAUCCUUUUCUUUUUUGUAUGAAAAGUUAUUUUAUUUCCUGUAGGGUUUAGUAGUAGGUAUAGAUUGGCCGGAGUACUCAUUGAUAAGUAGCUUAAUUUUCAAGCAAGCAAGCGACAAAACAUGUCACACC